GGUUACGAACCGCUUACCGACAGAUGGUGCUUGAAGUGGACAUGUGUCAAUUUUCAAGUAUCAAUUUUUGUUGGUGAUGUUGGAAGUUUGAGGCUUGAAAUCGUUUAAAAUGUACAAGUUUGUCGUUUUAUUUAUUUGUAUGUGUUCGGUAAUCAGUGCGGAGCAAAUAAAUCAACUCGUAAUUAACAAAAAUGUCGAAAGAACGAUCGAUUUAACAUCACAACUAGUCAAGAUAACUGCGACCAUAACCUUAGAAAAUACCGGCAAAGACACAGUUCGAAAUUACCUAAUAGUGCUGGAACCGGACACUGUGGGCAAUCUAUCGUACAUUUCGGUGAAAGACUCGCUUAAAGAAGACUUAAAAUUGACCCCAAGCAAGGUAGAAAAGCACGAAAAGGACGUCUACAGUGUCCAGCUGAAGCAGCCUUUGGCGACCGGUCGCACGGCCGGGAUCAUCCUUGAGGCUGUUUUCACCAAGGGUCUGGUACCGUACCCCAACAGCAUAACGCAGAAGGAGAAACAACUGGUCAGGUACUUCGGAAAUCACUAUUUUUACACACCCUAUGCGACAAGUAAACAGACAACGAGCGUGACAUUGAGCUCCAGAAGCGUCGAAAGCUACACGAAAUUGAAACCAGUGAGUCAGUCCGACUCCACCUUAACCUAUGGCCCUUAUAGCGACAUCCCGGCGUUUUCGCAAGACCGCAUGAUCGUGCAUUAUGAGAACAACUCGCCCUUUUUGACCGUCACGCGCCUGGAGCGCCUUAUUGAAAUCUCCCACUGGGGCAACAUCGCCGUCGAGGAGAACAUCGAGAUUCUGCACACGGGGGCCAAAUUGAAGGGGCCUUUCUCGCGCUAUGACUACCAGAGAGACACCGGCAGCAGCCACCACAGCAUAAAGUCCUACAGGACCAUCCUCCCAGCGGCCGCUUACAACAUCUACUACCGGGACAGCAACGGGAACAUUUCCACGUCGCAAGUCCGCACCCGCAAGGACUGGAUCGAGCUGGAAUUGAGGCCCCGGUUUCCGCUGUUUGGGGGCUGGCGCAGCUCGUACACCCUCGGCUACAGCGUCCCGAGCUAUCAGUACUUGUACCGGAAGUCCAGCACCGAAUACGUCCUCAAUAUGCGACUGCUUGACCACGUUUUCGACGACAUGCAUGUAGAGGAGUUGGAGACGAAAGUUGUUUUGCCGGUUGGAGUGACCGAGGUUCAAAUCAAAACCCCCUACGAAGUCCAGAGGCUGCCUGAUGGGGUCACCUUCAAGUACUUGGAUCAGUUCGGCAGGAGCGUCAUCAAACUGAGGAAGACCAAUUUGGUGGAGCAACACAUUCAAGAUUUAGAAAUUGUCUAUCACUGGAGGUCGGGGUUAUUGCUUUUGGAGCCCGUCUUGUUGGCUCUCGCACUCUACGUUUUGUUUAUUAUUGUUAUAAUAUAUGUAAGGCUUGACUUCUCCAUUCACAAACCAGAACACGCUAAAAAGGAAUGAUGUGUGAAGAGAUUGUUCACUUUUUCAUUUUGUUCACUUGUUUUUCUUUUCAUAGUUUCAGUGUGCAUUUGAUUAUAAAAUAAAUAACGUUUUCUACUAA